AUGGGGGUCAGGUUUCUGGAUCACCCCACCCAGAGCGGCAUCAAGGUGGAGGCCUUGGGCUGGGUGGGAGUGAGUCUCCCUGAAGAAACAGUACACUUGGAGGGAGGGAGGAGGCUGCAGCCGUAUGGGGCUCUAUCCCCUGUGUUUUCCCUUCAGUUUGAAGCCUUCUGUGCAGGGGGCCUGGCCCCGGGCUGGAGCCUGACAGUACAGGGACACGCAGAUGCUGGAGAGGACAAGUUUGAGAUCAACUUCUUAACUGACACGGGAGACAUCGCUUUCCACGUCAAACCCCGAUUCUCCAGUGCCACGGUGGUGGGCAACGCCUUCCAGGGGGGACGCUGGGGACAGGAGGAGGUGUCCAGUGUGUUCCCGCUGACCCUGGGAGAGCCCUUUGAGAUGGAGGUGAGUGCAGACGCAGAACACUUCCACAUUUACGCCCAGGAACACAAGGUGCUCCAGUUCCCACACCGUCACCGACCCCUGGCCACCAUCACCAGAGUGCGGGUGCUCAGUGACCAUCGGCUGGCCCAGGUGGAGCUAGCCAAGCGGAGCCUGAGCUGGGGGUAA